AUGAGGUGUCUCUCGCGCGGGUUGACUUGGAACGCAAGAGGCGCGGCGGGUCUGAGACACGAGGGCCGUACCUGGCCAUGGCUUGGCACGCAGGCCAGCUUGAGAGCAUGGACGUCUCGGGAGGAUUUCAAACAUGUUCAUAUGCCGGGCGUGGUGUGUGCGGCGUGGUAUCGAAUUCCGGUAGUGGCAUUUGGGGGUUGGUUUGUGGGAGACUGUCGACGGAUGGCGAUGCCGACAAUGGAGGAGCUCGAGCCUGUCCAUGGACGCGCUUGCGGUUUAGAGCACUCGCUGACAACAUCUAUUGUGCGCAUUGAGUAUGCUUCGCCGGCUUCUUCUUGCCGGCCAGCCUGGGGUCCGUUCAUCGCUCGGCCAGAGGAGAGCUUUCGCGCGGUGGACUGCAGUCGGAGGAGGAGAAUGAUGCUUUCGGCAGCUCAGACAGGGACCGGAAGCUGGAUGCAAAGAGCAGCCAAUGUUGAUGAAGUGUGCCUGGCCUGGCAACCGUUGUGUGCACGGGCAACAUCGCCGGUGGCGACGAAGAGGAUGAGGAAGAGACUCGACGCAUCUCGUCCGUAUAGAAAUAUAAUUAAAAUCGUUCGUCAUGGAGAUGCGAAGACGAAUGUAGUCGCUGUUGAUGAGGAGGGCUCAUACAGGCCACCAGCUGUACCGUCUUCAAUAUGGGUGGACGUCGUGGUCGCGGCAAGGCUGCUGAGCAUCACGGCAAACGUGGUUGGUGGAGGAGAGUCGAGGUGGCAUGGGUUGAUGAAGGUGUGGCGGCACGGAGGGGCUGGCUGGUGGGCCGGUCGCUAUCGGCAGCGGAAGCGCGCCCUGGCCUGA